AUGAAGAACUUCGCCACCAUCGCGGCUCUCGCUGCUGGAGCUAAUGCUCUUGUCACCAGAGACAACACCUGCUGCUUCCACCUGUCGGCAUCGGGCGGUGCCUCCGGCAACAUCGGUCAGCUUGAUGAUGGACAGAACCGUGUCUAUGGCGGUCUCCCAGAGGGCGAGUACUGCAUCAACUCCGAUGGAGGGAUUAUUGAUGCUCACGGACGUGGAUGCAUUCUGACUCCUCCUACCACCCAGUUCCAGUGUGACUCCGGUGCUCAGCCCACCACUGGCUUCUCCAUCAACGCUCAGGGCGAGCUUGUCUAUAAUGGAAAGACGGACUUCGUCGCCUGUGCCACUGGUCAGAAUGGAGGAAUGAACCUGUACACCACUAAGAGCGCCGAUGUGACUGGCUGCACCGACAUCAAGUUGAAAGCCGACACAUGUGCCAACACCGGUGCUGGCGGCAACUCAGGCUCCAGCUCCUCCGCCAUCUACAGCUCCACUGUCUCGGUCACCCCUACCAGCUCCGCUGGCGAAUCGAGCACUGUUGACCCUAGCAUCCCCGCGCCCGAGUCCAGCGCUCCCAGCUCGACGACGACCGUCAAGACGACUAUGACGACCACCUACUGCCCGGAGACCACCCCUGCUGGAUCGGGCGCUCAGCCAUCGGCUCCUCCUAGUCAGGCUCCUCAACCUUCCACUGCCCCUGGUUCCGGUGGUGCUCAGCCCUCGAGUGCCCCCAGCUCCAGCUCUCAGCCCCAGCCCUCUGCUACCCAGUCUGCCAGCGCCAGCUGCCCCACCGAUCUCUCUGGCAAGUACGAAUACCCCCACCUGAUUGUCCCUGUCGACUCUUCUGCCCCUAGCAAGGCCCCGGGCACCUCGUACAACGGCACCGUUUCGUCUACCAUCACCUCUUUCUUCAACUUCGACAUUCCUUCCUCGGAUGCCGGCAAGACCUGCAGCCUCGUCUUCUUGUUCCCCAAGAAGGAGAAUCUCGAGACUUCUUCCUACAGCUUCAGCGGUGACGGCAAGAUCGACUUCGCCAUGCUCGAGUCCGCUGUCAAGGCCGAGACCUCUUACAGCAACGCCCCUGGUAUCAAGAAGGACUACGGCGUGACCACCGUCUCGCCCGGCAACUCUUACCUCAUCUCUACCUUCGAGUGCCCCGCUGGACAAGCGGUCGGCUUCGAAAUGAAGAACGCUGGUAGCACCGAGCUCAACUUCUUCGAGGACUACAACCCCUCUCCUGCUUGCAUCGUCGGUUUCUGGAUCGUCGACUCCAUCGAACCCUAUCACCAGCAUUUCUCGCUGAGGAACAUCUCCAUCCAAUACCCCUAUGCCGUCCAUGAGCGCAUCACGAUCCAAGAAGCCCUUCUCAUCUCCGGCGUUUCGCCCUUGGUUAUCAUCGCGGUCUAUACGCUCUUCAUCGACGGUCUGUUUUCACAUCACAAACCGCAAAACCCUGUGUCCGGGAAGAGAAAGUUCUUGGGGCCAUACCGGUGGAAGGAUCGUUUGUGGGAGUUCAACUGCGGAUUUCUCGGCCUUUUGCUCUCGCAGGGCCUUGCGUUUCUGAUUACCCAGACGCUGAAGACUGCCUGUGGAAAGCCGCGGCCGGAUUUGAUUGACCGGUGCCAGCCUCGGCCUGGUAGCGUGGAUCUGAUUCCCGGAUUAUCUAAUUCGACUAUCUGCACGGGCGACCCCGUGCUUAUCAAGGAUGGAUUCCGUUCGUGGCCGUCCGCAUCGUUUGCAGGAUUGUUCUAUCUGACUCUCUGGUUGUGUGGGAAGCUACAUUUCAUGGACAACAAAGGCGAAGUGUGGAAAGCCAUCAUCAUAAUCAUUCCUUGCCUUGGCGCGACACUUAUUGCGGUCUCGCGGAUCAUGGAUGCAAGACACCAUCCUUUCGACGUGAUCACUGGAUCACUGCUCGGUGUAGUCUGCGCUUAUAUCUCCUACCGGCAGUACUUCCCGCCCAUCUCCGAGCCGUGGAAGAAAGGCCGCGCAUAUCCCAUUCGAAGCUGGGGCACGGACCCUGUAAUUCCCAGCAACGCUGAGCGUCUCGGAAGCUACGACGAGAGCAUCACUGCUCUUCGAAACCCGGACGAAGAGAGAAUGAAUGGAGCCGGCGCACCCGAAACAAGCAUCCCCGCACGAGUCUCGCCGACGUAUCUUGCGUCAGCCAAUCCAUACACGUCAAACGUGUACAACCGACGACGACACGAUGAUGGAGAAUGGUCAUCUUCAAGCGAAGAUGUCGCCGAUGGAUACGAGAUGCAGCAUGGCUAUGCUCGCACACAGAACCCAGGAGUGGGCGGUGACCUCCCGAGAUACGAGGUCAACACGUCGUACCAAUCUCAGACACAGCCCGUGAUACCGGGUGUCAGCGCUCUCCAUGCAUCGCCAGAAGCGGUGACUUCCCAUGCGGGGAGAGAAGAGCAUUGA